GUCUGCCUGGAGACUGGUGACGCGGCCAGCGGAGGCCCAUUCCCAUUGGCGCAUCCCGGGAAUUCUCUUCAGGAGUGGCAGAAGAAGGAAGGAAGGAAGGAAGGAGGAGUUUCUGCCCGGAGACCGGUGACGCCGGAGAGGGAGGCGAAUUCCUAUUGGCGGGCGGGUGCUGAGCCUUCCGAAGAGAAGGAAGGAAGGGGGCGCUCUUGCUCCUGACUGGCCAGCGCCGCCAAGAAGCCCCGCCUCUCUCUGGGCGCCCAGCCCCCGCGCGGCAGCCAUGUUUGGUCUUGGCGGAAGCCCAGCGAGAGGGGCGGCCUCCGUGUCCUAGAGAGGCGAGGGAGGCUCGGGCGAGGAGGCCUUUCCCCGUGAGGAGAGCCCUUCGAGUGCGGGUAAUCUCUGAAUGAACCUUGAGAAGAACACUUCCCUUUGGCUUAGGUCAGGAAUGAAAUUACACAGCACUCACAAGAAAUAAGUUGGAGAAAUUAUAUUUCAAGCUCCAUAGCUGUGUAUUCAAGGAGGAAAUGGAGGAUUGUGCUGUAAACAGUAGAGCAAUACAAAGACUGAGAAGAGGAAAUCAGGAGAACAUAUCUGUGACCUUCUGGCAUAAUAUUUGAAUCAUAAAUGUAAAAGAAUGGAAAAUCUCCAUUCCUUGUCAAAAUCACACACAGGGGAGAAGCGACAUAACUGUAUGGAAUGUGGGAAAUGUUUCACUGCGAGAAGUUCUCUUACUACACAUCAACGAACACACACAGGAGAGAAGCCGUAUAAAUGCGUGGAAUGUGGAAAGAGCUUCAGUCAGAGUGGAGUUCUGCAUUCCCAUCAAAGGACGCACACAGGAGAGAAACCACAUAAAUGCGUGGAAUGUGGAAAGAGAUUCAGUCGGAGUGGAGAUCUGCAUACCCAUGAAAGGAUCCACACAGGGGAAAAACCACAUAAAUGCAUUGAAUGUGGAAAGUGCUUCAGUCGCAGUGCACAUCUCCGUAUCCAUCAAAGGACCCACACAGGAGACAAACCACAUAAAUGCAUGGAAUGUGGAAAGAGCUUUAGUGAGAGUGGACAUCUGCGUAUCCAUCAAAGGACCCACACAGGGGAGAAGCCACAUAUAUGCAUUGAAUGUGGAAAGAGCUUCAGUCAGAGUGGAAGCCUGCAUGCCCAUGAAAGGAUCCACACAGGGGAAAAACCACAUAAAUGCAUUGAAUGUGGAAAGAGCUUCAGUCGCAGUGUACAUCUCCGUAUCCAUCAAAGCAUCCACACAGGAGAGAAACCACAUAAAUGCAUUGAAUGUGGAAAGAGCUUCAGUCACAGUGAAAGUCUGCGUAUCCAUCAAAGGAUCCACACAGGAGAGAAGCCAUAUAAAUGCAAUGAAUGUGGAAAGAGCUUCAGUCAGAGUGGAAAUUUGCAUACCCAUGAAAGGAUCCACACAGGGGAAAAACCACAUAAAUGCAUUGAAUGUGGAAAGAGCUUCAGUCGCAGUGCACAUCUCCGUAUCCAUCAAAGCAUCCACACAGGAGGGAAACCACAUAAAUGCAUUGAAUGUGGAAAGAGCUUCAGUCGCAGUGCACAUCUCCGUAUCCAUCAAAGGACCCACACAGGAGACAAACGACAUAAAUUCAUGGAAUGUAGAAAGAGCUUUAGUGAGUGUGGACAUCUGUGUAACCAUCAAAGAAUCCACACAGGGGAGAAGUCAUAUAAAUGCAUUGAAUGUGGAAAGAGCUUCACUCAGAGUGGAAAUCUGCAUACCCAUCAAAGGACCCACAGAAGGGAAAAUGCAUUAGUCAUCAAAGAGCUGACACACAGCUAGAGGAGACCUGCCUGUAUGUUUCCAAGGGUCCCAGGUAGACAAGAAAUUGGGAUGAUGGACAGAAAAAAGAAAGCUGCCGACUUUCUCUCUGUCUGUCAUGUGCAGCAGUUUGUGUGGUCUGGCUUGACUGGUUUUGUGUUCAGGACUCCCACAGAGGAGGAUUUUUCUCUGUAUCGCAGCCAGUUUGGAAGGGGUUAACCUGACCUUUUGAUCCUCAAGAAAAGCAUUGCAGGCUUCUGGGAUGAUCUGAGAAGGCUUUCUGAAAUGAGCAGCAGCUGAGAUCUCAUGACAAAAGGGUUCUGGAAAGGAAGAGUUCCUUUUUAGCAGAUAACAUCGUACAUCUUGCCCUGGAUCUUGGCUGUGCUGCC